AUGCUGUACCAGUUUGUCGACGACGGCAUGCAGCAAUCACACCCACAGUUCCGCGGACGAUGCGCUGACGCUCUCGCCACGCUCGUCUUGACGCGUCUCACUGACUUGCGGUAUCUGGAUAUCGGAGAGGGAUUCCUGCGCCACUCGCUGUUCUUGCCGCAGCUUCUGAAGAGAACGGACUAUCUCUUCCCGAAACUACGUCGAAUCGUGCUCGGAGACAAGGCGAUCGAUUUGAGGGCCAGCGUUGCGUACACGGACCUGCAUCUCAUACGACCCGUCUUCUACUCGUCGACAAUAUCCGAGUUGGAGUGCUCCAUGACACAGCCAUGGCGCUUCCAAUGGACCGGCUCGAAGACACCGCGCAGCAACACGUUGACAUGCCUGACCUUGUUUCGAACCAACAUCAGUAGAGCCACGCUUGGCGAGCUGCUCUCCGCUACUCCAAGACUGAAGUAUCUCCACUUUGAACACGAGUUCGUGUUCAACGCGGCUAUGUCUACUGCUCCUUUGCUAUCUCCGUAUCUCGGCCUCGACGAACUCAACACAGCGCUGUUCCCAGUACGAGACAGUCUGGAAGAGUGCCACUUGAUACUGCGCCUCGGUCCGGGCUCCAUAUCCACCACGGAGUAUCCUCUCGCCAGCAUACCGUUUCCGGCCGUGCAAGGCACCCUAACCAUGCUGAAGUUCAUGCCGCGGUUGAAAAAGGUAGAAGUGCCCAUGACAAUGCUGCUAGGGUGGUAUCCCGAUUUCGCCGCCAACCUGGACGAGGUGCUUCCCCACGGGAUCAUCCACGUGACGCUGCGCGACGACCUGGUGCGCUACUGUCCGUGGGUCGCACCGCCGCACGCGGCAAAAAAAGUCUCCCGCAUCGCAGCGUACAUCCAAGACCGAGCCUUCCACGCCUCGCACCUCCGCUCGCUGAGCGUCCGUCUCACCUCAGCCAAGCGCUCGCUGGCGCACGCUGUCGCUGCCUUGAAUCAUGCCACUGCCGGCGGGGGAUGCACGACGCGUCUCGCGCGCGGCAGGAAGUCAGAGACGUAUGGCUGGCGGUUCGAUAAGCCACCAAGCCCAACGAGCUCGAUCGCGUCCUGUUCCGCGGCGAGACGGAGACAGGACAGUGUGUUUCGCCCACCGUCGCCGCGUUUCGGGGACGGCUGGGACGCGGACUUCUUUUGA